AUGCGUAUGGCGCGUGCGGGAGUAUUGCGCGCUGUGGUAGUGACCAGCAUUGUAUGGCUUCUACUAGAUGUAGUGGUUCUAUUUUACUAUUUAGACACUGGAAGCAUAACGUCAGGAAAACGGAGUGCUGUACGAGGAGACCGCAUAGAAUUUUCAAAAUCAACGCUUUCUGUUACGGGAGAUGCGGAAGAAAAGGAGGUGAUUAAUGUACCCCAUGCCAAGCGACUUUUUGGAAACAAGACAACAAUCGGUUCUCAUGUCCAGCAGCAAUUGGACAUACUUUUAAUGAAAUCAUUCCAAAAGCCUGAACAUGGUGAGCAAGGUGUUGCUGUAGCGGUGCCUGCAGAAAAGACGGCUGAAAAAGACAAGAGAUUUCUGGAAAAUCAGUUCAACGUUAUGGCUAGUGAAAUGAUUUCUGUGAACCGAUCAUUGCCUGAUUACCGCUCUGCUGAAUGCCAAGCUCAAGUGUACCAAAAAGAAAACUUGCCUAAAACAUCUAUCAUCAUUGUCUUUCAUAAUGAAGCAUGGACCACUCUUCUUCGCACUCUGCACUCCGUUAUCAAUCGGUAUAUGUUGAUUUUUUCUAAAUCUCUGAAACCUUCGCGCUUUUAGGG